UUAAAAGGAUGGGAGUUUGUGUUUCAAAGGAAAAGAAAAAUAAGAGGUUUAAAUAUGCUACAAAGUCUUAAUUGAGUCUUUAAAAUUUUACGAUGACUUAAGAUAAACAAACUAUUAAUUUGUAUCACUAAACUAAAAUUCAUACAGGAGCCUAACCAAAAGAAUAUGAUUAUACAAGUAUCAAUAUAUAUUUAUAUAGAUCCACAUAGAUAAUACAAUGUUGUACUGAAUGGAGUGAUUUUUGCAGUUGUCAAUUCAGUAGAGAAAUCUUUAAAUGAAGAGCAAAUAGAUAAUGAAAUAUGAU